CCCUGACAAGCCAGUGUAGAUCCCUGCAAGAGAGUUCUCUAGCUUCCUCCACUCCUCACGGACACAAUGCUGCCUUCCCUGGGCCUCCCCAGACUGUCCUGGAUGCUGCUCUCCUGCCUGAUGCUCCUGUCUCAGGUCCAAGGGGAAAAUUCCCAAAAGGAACUGCCCUCUCCACGGAUCAGCUGUCCCUCAGGUUCCAUGGCCUAUAGGUCUAACUGCUAUGCCUUGUAUACAACACCCAAAACCUGGAUGGAUGCAGAUAUUGCCUGCCAGAAGAGGCACUCGGGACAUCUUGUGUCCGUGCUCAGUGGGGCUGAGGAAUCCUUCGUGGCCUCGUUGAUUAAGAACAACUUGAAUACCCAAUCAGACAUCUGGAUUGGGCUCCAUGACCCCACAGAGGGCUCUGAGCCCAAUGCUGGUGGAUGGGAAUGGAGUAGCAAUGACGUGCUCAAUUAUGUUGCCUGGGAGACAGAUCCUGCUGCCAUCUCAAGCCCUGGCUACUGUGGGAGUCUCUCAAGAAGCUCAGGAUAUCUCAAGUGGAGAGAUCAUAACUGCUAUUUGAACUUACCCUAUGUCUGCAAGUUCACGGACUAGAUCAGAUGAGAAGUCAGCAGCCUGACUGGUGUGCAACUGGCGUGCAACUCAUCAUGAACUUGGAACUAGGGAUUCAGAUCCACUAUGGAAGGGGAUAUUCUCCUCACACCCCCAACCCAACCACCUCAUUCUGACCUUCCCUCCUCCCUAGACUCAAUUCAGGCUCUUUUGUGUGUUCCCUAACCUGAUUUUGCAAAAUUCACAAUAAAAAUAUUAGUCUUCAA